AUGGAGCGUUUCAUCGCCGUAAAAUUCGCUUUGAGAUACCAUAUCAUAGUGACCAAUCGCCGGGCAGCGAUCGCUUCCAUGGCGAUGUGGUUGUGGACUUCACUCGUUAUGGUUGUUUUGCCACAGACUCUUCAAACCAAUAGCAGGAGCGACUUUGAACGAUUUCGCCAAGCGAUUCAUCCGUGUCUUAGUACUCGAGAAGCAUGGCCAGACCGGGAUCUGCCAUUGGAAACUAAAGUGUACCUCAUCUUCGUGGUGAUAUCUCUGUUAGUCAUCCCAUUGUUAAUCAUCCUAUCUUCGUACUCCUAUAUCUUUAUAGUGUCCCACAAGCACAGACGACACAUCGCAGGGCGGGGUGACUUCCCAGGAAUGACCACCAUCAGGCAUCAACUAAAAGGCGCCCUAACCCUCGCCUUCGUGGUAUCAGUAUGCCUACUCAGUAUCACCCCUUUACUGGUCGUGACAUGUCUCCGAUUUUUCAGGGAGCUUCCCGACUGUCGCCAUUCAAGACCGAAGCAUCUAAAUUUCAUCGCCUACGUUGUUGCAACUGGUUUAAACGCCAUUUGCAAUCCUCUUAUAUACGGAUGGAGAAAUGGAAGAUUUAGGAGUGCCUUUCGCAAACUCCUGGGGUGCGAUCAGCAACCCGGUUAA